AUUAACAAAUAAUAAUAAUUGCAGUUCGGAAAUAAAGAGAUUAAUUUAAAAAGUAAAUAGAAUUUAACACAAAAUACAAAUGUCGAAGCAUAAUGGUCAGGGGCCCGGAGGCUCGUCACAAACUCAAACCUACAAAUUGGUUGUAGUGGGAGGCGGUGGUGUUGGAAAAUCUGCGAUCACCAUACAAUUCAUACAGAGUUAUUUUGUUAUGGAUUAUGACCCCACAAUCGAAGACUCAUAUACCAAACAGUGUGUCAUUGAUGAUGUGGCAGCCAAACUAGACAUUCUUGACACUGCCGGUCAAGAAGAAUUCAGCGCUAUGCGUGAACAGUAUAUGCGUUCUGGUGAAGGCUUUCUGCUAGUCUUUUCCUUAAACGAUCAUUCCAGUUUCGAUGAAAUUGCCAAAUUUCAAAAACAAAUUUUACGCGUCAAAGAUCGCGAUGAGUUUCCCAUGCUGAUGGUGGGCAACAAAUGUGAUUUGGAACAACAACGUCAGGUGUCCUUGGAGGAGGCCCAAAAUGCCAGUCGCCAAAUGAUGAUACCCUACAUAGAGUGCAGUGCCAAGUUGAGAAUAAAUAUCGAUCAGGCUUUUCAUGAGCUAGUGAGGCUGGUUAGAAAAUUUCAAAUAGCCGAACGGCCCCUUAUGGAGGAUAGGUCUGGCGGUAAAAGGAAAAAUAGAUGUUGUGUUUUAUAAGUUAUAUAUAGAAAAAAGAGUGAGCAAAAAAGAAUUUAAAAAAUAAAGAUGAAAACAUAUCUUUACAAAAGAUUUAUGAACUACCACAACACCAAAAUUAUUAUAUACAUAUAGAUACUUGCAUAUAAAUAAUUAAAUAAAACAACAACAGCUGCCACUUUAUUAUUUAAAUGUUUUUCUAAAGAAAUUUAUUUUAAAACAACAUCCAAACUCUAAAAUUAAGUUACAACUGACAACAAAGAUAUUCUAAAAUCUAUAUAAUAUUAACAAAACAAAACAAAAUCUCAAUUUAGAAAAAAACUUAAUAAAAAAAGUAACUUACACCACCUCUCAAGAAUAAAACAAAUAUGUAAUCUUAAACACAAGAAAGAAACCAAAUUAUUAAAUAUCGAAUUGAAUUGUAUUGUAUUGACUUUUAAUGAAUUUCAAAGAAUUUCAUAAAUAAUUAAAAAUUUGUAAUAUUAAAUAAAUUUAUAUUUAUUUAUAUGUAUUUGUAUAUGUAAAUGUAAAUGUAAAGUAACGUAAAUGUGCAUGUAUUUGCAAUAUUUUUUAACUCAACUUAAUGCUUCUUAUAAACUCAAUAAAAACACACUUAAAACUGCUUAAAAUAUUUUCCUUUUAUUCAUAAAAUGCCAAAUAUUUUUGUAAUUUUUGUGUUUUUUCUAUAAAACAAACAAAAUUCAACAAAUUAAAAAUAAAACACUCAAAACUUUGUAUUAACAAACAAAUAAAAUAAAAAAUAAAUAAAAAGUGCCUCAAAACAAAAUUUGUAUUGCACGAAAUUAAAUUAUGCACAAAACGAAAAACAAAACAAGUAUCAAACAAAUAUUUACAAAAUAUUUUAAAACUCAUAUUAAUUUAAAAACAAAAUACUUAUAUAAUAAACAUACUUCAAAAUGUAUGUAUGUUUGUUAUUAAAAUAAAUAGGAUAUUUUUUUAUUAUAAAUUUGCUACAAUUUUCUUAAAUCUUUGUGUUUUUACAAAUUUAAUUUUAUUUUUUAAAUGUAGUACUUGUAUUAAUUGUUAUAAUAUUAAUAAUAUACAAACCAAAUCAUAAACAUUUUAAUAAAUUUUUUAUUUUUUUUUUAAAUAAAACAACAAUUUGUAUGUUUGUCCAUAUUUUUUAUUGCUAAUGAAUAGUUUUUUGUAUUUUGUAUUUAAAUGUAAUCGAUUUAAAAUUUAUAUAAAACAAAAACCGAACGUCGUAAUGUAAAUGGCAUUAAUAAAGUGUAACAUAUUAUAUUAACAAAGCGAAA